AUGGGUUGGUGGGAAAUAUUGAGCGAGCCAGAUAAUUCCGAGAAGGAAGCUUUCGACGUCGUUUUGGUCCAUGGUCUUUGUCGAAACGCAAAAGCAACAUGGGAGUCCAUCGAUCCGUUCCAUUAUGGAUAUGCCAAGUGGUUCAGUGAGCGGGUUAGCCAAUCUCGGGUUUUGCAAUAUAAUUAUCAUCCACUAGACAACGAUUCCAACACUUUAUGUCUGAACGGAAUACGACGAGAAGCCUUGAAAUUGCUCGACGCACUUCGAUCACUACCUUCUGGUAAAGGCAAUCGAGGUCCUCUGGUGUUUAUUGGCCAUGACAUCGGUGCGAUUAUCAUUAAAGAGGUCGGAAAUACUGCCUUAUAA